UUUUGUGCGUGAUCAGCAAUGGCGAAAAAAUUCUGAUACCCCAUGUGCUAUCCAGGGCAGAUAUUUAUACCCCCUUAACCCUCACCAUAUCUCCUUGUUGUUCCUCCAAUUUCAUUUCACACACUAAUCUUCUCUUUCAAACCCUCUUUUCUUCUUCUGAAACGAUGCCGUUAGCUAUGGGAAGCGAUGCAGGGGUUACGAUCGAACGGUCCAGCUUCGUGAACUGCGCCUCGAUCUGCGAUCGUGAUUUUCCGGAGGAGGAAGAAGAAUCGGACGCUAGCAGCUCCUCCUCUUCAUCUUCAAUCGGAAGGAACAGUGGCUCGUCCGAAGAUUCUUCCGACCGGGAAGAUUCUGGCGAAACAGAGGUGCAGAGCUCCUUCAAGGGGCCUUUGGAUACCAUGAAUGAUCUAGAACAAGAUUUGCCUGUCAAGAAAGGCAUAUCCAAGUUCUAUAGUGGCAAAUCAAAGUCCUUCACAAGUUUAGCUGAUGCCAUCUCUGUAACUUCUGUGCAAGAGAUAGUAAAGCCAGAGGAUCCUUAUGCCAAGAAACGCAAAAACCUCCUUGCCCGCAACCUAUUAAUCGAGAGGAGCCGCAGCUCAGAUAAUUUUGGUGGAAUGUUAAAGCGAAAGUCUAACAUCCGCCGAGGCCCAUCUUGUCUUACUUUGAGCAGCAGUGAGGAAGGGAACAGUUCCGCUUCCACGUCGAUAUCACCUCCUUUCCCUCUUCCCCCUCUUCAUCCACAGGCCAAGAAGUCAUCUGCAAAUGCACCACAACCAUGUCCUCCAGUGCGGAACUCUCCGUGGCGGUCAUACUCCUGGUCUGAUCUUCAGUCUGCAGCAGAGACUCAUGACCUGCCUAGCUUGGCAAUAUGUAGUGGAAACAAAGGGAACAAAGUACAUUGAGGUUUUGACAUUGUAAGUUUUAGUUGAAUAUUUCAAGACUCGAGUGAGUUUGUAAUGGUAGAGUACUUUGUGAACUCUGUCUUUAUAUAUUAAAGGUUACUGAGUACUGACCACCAGCACUGUUGUAUAAAAAAAUACCUCUAUUACUCUUGGAAGUCUAAUUAUCAGGUUGUUCUAGUA